CCAUCUACCAAAACUUCAGAACCUUCGAGCAAAGAGUGAAAUCAGCGUGACGUCGACGACAUACUGCGUCAUAUACCGAAACAACUUGCAGCAUGGUCACUCGCAGUGAUAUACCAGUUUGGUCAAGAGCGUUCAGCAGCACGGAGUGGCCCGCAGCGCCUCCUGGGAGCGCAGAUGAAGAGAAGACCCCUUCGUCACCACCUACAACUCAGCGCCAGAAAAAGCUCGAGCAUCAGCGUCAGCUGCUGGAGGAGAAGCAGCGCCACAAGCGGCAGAGCCAGGGACUACUGCAGGCCUCUGAUGCACGCCGACCAGCGUCCAAUACGGUUAUACGAAGCAGACUCCGUAAGGACGAGUCGCGUCCCCUCAUGGCAGGUCUCAGCAUAGAAAGGCCCGUGCAGGAUGUCGUCAGCUGCUACGACGGCCCGAUGCUCUUCUCUAGCACCGACACCCUCGACGCACCCGUCGGCGACAGCUCCAAGGACACUGUCGUGCAAGACGACGUUGAUGGAGAGAACACCCUUGCCAUUGCUUUGAAUAGCAGCCCAAUUCCACCGUCUCCAGAUGUGGAGAAGAAACUCAAGCAGCUCGACCUCAGCGAUGACCUGACGAGCAUCAACGGAGAUGAAGACCUCGAGAGCACGCCUAUUAAGUCCGAGGUCCUCUCGAGUCGAGGAAUGUCUGCGACAGUUCCAGACACCCCAACGGACGUCACGGACACCAUAGCACAGGUGGAAGACGUCAGCGGUGGCGUUGGCGGCGUAGAUGGAGGAAAGACGCAGCCAGCCAUGUCGGUGCCUGUGAUGGACCUUGGUCCCCUAGCCGAGCUGCUAGACAGGGGUCAGCUGGAAGAGUUCUCCACGAUACCCUGUCCACAGGGGACCACGAUACGGUGCCGCAUCACGCGAGACAAGAAGGGCGUCGACAAAGGACUGUACCCGACCUACUACCUCCAUCUCGAAAAAGAGGACAACAGAAAGGUGUUCCUGCUGGCCGCACGGAAGCGUAAGAAGAGCGCCACGUCCAACUACCUGAUCUCGGUAGACCCGACCGACCUGUCGCGAGGUGGCGAGUCGUUCGUGGGAAAGCUUCGCUCCAACUUACUCGGCACCGCUUUCACCAUCUACGACUGCGCCGAGAAGCCACGGCAAAACACCGAGAAGCGGUCGGUUCGCUCCGAGAUCGCAGCCGUUGUUUACGAGACCAAUGUUCUGGGAUUCAAAGGACCUAGGAAGAUGACUGUCAUCUUGCCUGCUAUGACCAAAGACCACAAGAGGAUUGAGCUGAAGCCAUCCUUCGAACAUGGUGGCCUGCUGGAGCGGUGGAAAAGCCGGAACUUGGAAAACCUCCUCGAACUUCGAAAUAAAACACCUGUCUGGAACGAAGACACACAGUCCUACGUCCUGAACUUCCACGGCCGUGUGACGCAAGCAUCCGUCAAGAAUUUCCAGAUAGUCCACGAAAACGACGCGGAUUACAUCGUGAUGCAGUUUGGACGAGUGACGGAAGAAUGCUUCAGCAUGGACUACUGCUAUCCCCUCUGCGCUUUGCAAGCGUUCGCCAUCGCGCUGUCGAGUUUCGACAGCAAGCUCGCCUGCGAAUGACUGUUACUGAAGUCGUCCAACGACAUUCCCAUGCUGCGGAACAAUCGAAAAUGGCGGCGCACUCUGGUUCGCGCGAGACAACUCCACCUGAUGAACUUGAACUGCCACAGAUUUGCCUUCAGCGACGUACAAUUGAUACCACAGAUCUCAGAGGCAACGGACAAUGAUCGCUCGUCUGUCAAUGCGGAGGUUUGCUAGUGUGUUUUACGGGCAAGCACUGUGAAGUCAUAACUCGCUGCAUCCCCCUUUUUUCCUUUCCUUCACCACCUUCCCCUGAUUCCACUGGUACUACAAUCUAACCUCGAUAUAACGAACAUGACGAACAGUGCACAUAGCGAAAAACAUAAUAUUCUAUUUCCAUAUCAACGUGUACCGAAUACAGGUUGAUAACGAAUGUCCGAAGAAAAUAGCCGUAUAUCGUUUGUAAUAACGUGUAAGGACUACGCUCUUUUAACGAACAUCUAUUAUGACGAAGUUUUUUGAAUAGUAACCGAUAGGACUUCGUUGAUUCUGAAAAAACAGGGCAUGCAAACACGAACACAAGAAAGAAGUCAUGACACCACAAACACAAUGUUUUCGUGCCUUCUUUCUUUUCCGCCGUUGUGCAUCUCUUCAGUUGUUAGUCGGCGGUUGUAGUGUCGUGAUUCUUUCUUGUGUGCACGCCCUGUCUUUUUAAAAUGAAUACUUACCAACAAUCCAGUUCUCUGUUAUUCUAAAAUGGCUUCGUUAUAACGGGGUUCGGUGUAUUUGCCACGAUCUCUACUUUACCUUUGAAACUGAUGGAGGGCCUCCGCCGACGGAACCUUUGGAAUGGACUUAAAGCCUAUGCCCUGGUGAUCAGGCACAAUAACACUCUGCACUGCCUCAGCGAUUACUCACUUGCCCAACACCAGUUCUACCGCAAAACACCUACAACGUCACGAAACGAUAUUUGUUGUUACUCGUUGACCACAUCGAGCGAACCCGAUCCGGACAUGCUGCAUCAGUUACAGCAAUCCUGAGAGAGCUUUCUGCUAUAUAAGAUACAAUAAAUUACUAUCACUGAGAUAAAUGUUGUAAUUUAGGGUAUGUGAAUAUUGAUACAUGAUGAAAAGUUUGAGACUGCAUCUGGUCAAUUUCGGUAGUUUAUUUUGAAUAUUAACAACCAGCCUUACAAAACGCCUCCCCAUAAGCGUUGUUCGAACGCAAACUAUAAGUUUAUUUGCCCCUGUGGCUGAUGAUGAACCACCCCAUCUUACUUAAGGUUCCAUGCACGAGCGUUAUCACCAUAAAAAAAAAAAAACAUCUCAAGGAACUCAUAUUGUUCGUACCCUACAAUCACAUACAUUUAAUUAUCUUUCAAGUCAUGGUCGCAGCAACUGAUGGACAAUAGUUUCGAAACUCAUCUAAUAUUCCUGCUUACAGAGCUUAGAGUUGACGGUUGGUAAGCUCUCGUUCCGGUACUUCUAAGGCAGUUUUGAUAUAACGACAGUUCAUACAAGAACACACUGAAACGAAGAAGAAAGAUGGUGUAUGUACAGUGGAAGGGACUGUCAAGUUUUUGUUCCGAAAUAAGCCGGCACCACCUUGUCCAGUUUGUAUCCUGUCCUUAGCCCUCUGACAAAAUGUUGGUACAGGAAUCGUCUCCGCCUGUCUGUAAUUCCAGGCUGAAUUAUCGGAGGAAGAUGGCAGUUUAUCAACAGUGGACUCAUCUAAGGAUUGGGCUAAAAAAAAUAGGUUACCGUUAGAGAGAACUAUAUACUGCAAAUGUCAUUGCGUACUCGCUUAAUAGAUACUAUUUCUCAGGACUUCAAACCACGUAAUACAGCUGGUCGGGACAUCGAUAGCAACAAAUGUAGCGAGUAGAACACCACAUCGGCCCAGAUGCAAAUUUUGAGAAAUGUAACAUCUUCAAAGAAGAUUAUUCUAGGAAGCUUUUGAAAGAAGGCUACAAAAAAGCAGGGGCCGAAGUCACAAAGCUUCUCCAUCGUAAUUUCGUUUUUCCAUUAUUCAACUCGCUUCGCCAAUGAUAUGUCCCACAUCGUGACUGGCUGAUGUAUUCUCUUCCAAAAAAAUUCAUUUGAAGGCGUUUUGUGAAUACGCGCCCCGAUUAUCGAUCUGACACGCAGUUUUCUUUAUUACUUUACCCCUCUAUAAAUUUGAAACAUAUAGAAAGCUUCAAAAGUCGCUCCUUAUCUCUGAAAAUGAUAAGGCAGAGAAAAAGGACGAGAACGAAAGUAGAAUGUUAUACCAACGCAGAAGUUCUUUUUGACUUAUUCGAGUCAUUAUUUUGUAUGAAUCUCGCGCUGAUUUCUCGUUUACAAUGUUCAACCACUAAGCCCAAGCCACAAACCUGGUAAAUCCCUAUACAUAGCCGUGGCCUUCCAAGUAACUGUCAUGCUGUACAACGCGAGAAAAUGUGAACACAUGUGGGAGCCAGUACGAAAGUUUAUUAUCACAUCCUGGUGGACACGUCAAUGCAUAUUCGACAGCCCAUUUGUCCGCGCUAAAAAUACGACAGAAAUUCCCGUCUCAUUCUGUCACAUAUGCAACAAUUGCUCCACCAAGAAGUUUCAAUACACUUCUGCGCUGACUUUAGAUGUAUUCGCAUUGUUAAUGUGUCGUUGUGCGGUUGUGUAUUCACACGAAGAGAACUAUGUUAAUAUCAGCGCAUCAACGCCUUCAGAUUCUGGAGUGUUUUUACACGCGUCACGAAACUAUUCGUUGUUUUAAAAAAUACUGUACAAGAGAUGAUAACUUGUUUAUGUUGAAUAAAAGUAUGUCUGUUUUAGGUUUGAAAUAAACUUUUUGGAAAU